UAUCGCUCGAUUGUAUAUUUUUAUAUAUUAGCUUCAGUACAUUACUUUUUACUUUUGCAGUCUCCAGGGAAAGGUGUCGUCGAGCUAAAGCUUUUUGCGACUGACCUCCCUGGUAACCAGGUUAAUUUCAACACAGUGUUAUACAUCUCGGACAUUAACGACAAUUCACCUGUGUUCAAAACCCCACAUUAUUCCUGGAACAUAAAAGAGCUGCCUUUCCUCGGAAAUGAAACAUUUACGCACAUAACAGCAACUGAUAUUGACACUAAUUUCUUUGGUACACAAGGAAUUCGCUACCGUAUGGAGCCCAACACAGAGUCUAAUUCUACAGCAGCGGACUAUAAUGCACACUUCAGCAUAUCUUUUGAAACGGCUGUAGUCACGUUAACGAAAGAAUUAGAUUAUAGUUAUAACAACUAUUACCAGUUUGAUGUUUUUGCGCAGGAUGACAUGGGUACGGGGAACAUAGGCAUUCCAGCAGAUCUCAUCAUCAGAGUUCUGGACGUCCAAAAUAAACCUCCGUUCUUUAAAAGCUUACCAUACAGAGCCACAAUCAAAGAAAAUACCAACAAGAAUAGUCCUAUUUUGAAGGUGUCGGCUAGGGACGGGGAUACUGGAAUACCAAAUCCUGUAAAUUACACUAUUCUUCCAGGUGUGUGCUCAACACAAUUCAGCAUUGAUCAAAAAGGCCAAAUUAGCACUUCAAAAGCCAUCGAUAGAGAUAAAGACGAUAUCGCCCAUGUUUCUGGUGUCUGUGUUCUUAUAAUUCUGGCCCAGGAAGUGGAUCUCUAUCCUGAUGACCAACACGGUUCUACAAAUGCAACAGCAGACGUUACAAUUAUCAUUGAAGACGAAAAUGAUAAUGCUCCAAAAUUUGAAAAUGAUACGUACAUAGCUGAAGUCCAAGAAAAUACUCCAGGAAAUGUUCCGAUAACUCUUUUAGACCCAGUGGAAAUUUUAGUGUCAGAUCUUGACCAGGUGUUUGUACACGAUCAUUGGAACUUCUAA